AUCAAGGACUUAGUAAUUUGCUCAGAUAUUAAGGUUGAAAGUAUUCGUCCAUGUUGAAGAUGCAGCCGGUCAGUAUGUACCAGUCUUCGUACCAUUCGUAUUGCUCUUGUCCGCACCCAAGCUGCAUACAGGAACGGGACAGUGGUCAUGGGUGCCAGUUACCUCUUUCGUGCCAAACCUCAAGCGAAUCCCAUUUGCGAUUACAAGCCAGUUCACUGCAGCUGCAGCUAGAAAGGGACACAGGAGUCUUCUCCAAAGCAGAUUCCUCGGCCUUUGUUCCAUCUGCAUUCGGCAUUAUUUCGAGACCUCGAUUUUAUGUUCCUUCGGCUCGCUGUAAUCUCUCCAGCCAACAGAUAAUUUUUCCAUUCAGUCAAACAUCUCACAGUCGACAGCACGCAUUCAACAAGAGUAGCGCUAUUAUUUUUAAGUAUAUUUUAACAGAGCUAUCAAGGUUUUUUUCCUCAGGUAAUCUGGUAAUUGGACUGAGAGACAAACCGGAGGUGUAGAAGCGUCGUAAACGAACCAUCUUCACUUCAGAUCAGUUAAACCGGCUGGAGUCAGCUUUUGAUCGUCAGCAGUAUCUCCUAGGUACAGAGAGAGAGCAUCUUGCCAGGGAGUUAAACCUUUCCCAAACUCAGGUCAAGAUUUGGUUCCAGAACAGGAGAAUUAAAUGGAGGAAGGAACAUUUGUAUGCUGGACAUGAAGAUGUUCCAGUGAAAAAAAGAUUAUGAGCGAAAGACUCUAGUUCCUUUGUGAUCAAUUUUGUUUCACAGCCAUUAACUUGUUCAAGAUUAAAAUGGCUGUCAAUGAAUUUGAUCGUGAUCUAAUUCUUAAAUUUCAAACUCUUUUACAUCAUUUCAGUAGACUGGGUAGCCUCUUAGUUAAAAUCAGUUAUCCCAAUACAUGAUUUACCGAAAAAACAUCAAGGGUUGUACGACAGUGUCGGGUUGUACGUCGCCGGUUUGUUUUCAUGAUGACACUUGUGUUAUUGAAUUGAUCCAAUCUCAUGUACAUGUUCAUGUACUGAAGACCUUUUUCAGAUGCAGAGCUGACGCAAAUUUACGGCAAAUUUUAAAAUGAGUCGAUCACUGUUCGAGCUCUUAUCCACUCUGUUUAACUUAAGAGAUUGUGCUUCACGAAACGUGACAGUCAGCUACUUGUUUUAUAAAUAAAUAAUUCGAUAAACGCAAAAAUGAUCUGAAGGCGAUGAUUUCACAAUUAAACUGACAAUAAAUCAGUGAAACUUGUACAAUGCGGUCACCCACGAGUCUGCUGCUGGUUUAUUUCCGUUCAAUACAGCUUCUGGUUAUAACAGCAGACAAAGGAGCUGCAAUUGCCUUAUUGUGGUUUGUGAUAAAACAAGGCUCAAUAUGAUUUUUGAAAUGUAAAUUUUUACUGGCUUGUUACUGUAAAAAUAAUAAUAAUAAUAAUUUAAUAGACCCUCUUGAUGCGUCCCCUCAAUGCAGGCUUUGCGUCACAAAAGUUCUUACUGUAUACAACUGCUUCAAUCUUAUAGCAAAUUACUAUGGGCUAGAAUUGAAUGUGGCGGAAUCUCUUAUAUCAAGUCAAAUAUCGUUGCUGUUUUCUUUCUUC